ACUUCCUGUGUUUACUUCCUUCUAAACACAGACCGACCUCUCACUCUCUGUCAGUCAGUGCUGGACGCUGGAGAUGCGUAAUGGAGAGACGACAGUCGCAAUAAGCUUCUGACUCAAAGAUUAUGAUCAAACAGGACAAACUAAGCAUCAAGAUGGAUUACAAAUAUGACAAUGGAAUAGAAUUGCUGUUGGCUCAUAUGAAUAUAGAGGACAUCAUCAACGCUGCAGAGACUCUGUUUCAGCUGGAGGAGGAGGAGACGGAUGAAGGAGGCUUGUCAUUUGAAGAAGAAGGUCUCUCCCAGGAGGAGAUGGAUGAGAACGACGAGGCAGGGGACUCAGUGGGCUCAGGGAGUGAGCAGAAGGACUAUCGGCUUGGUGGUGUUCAGUAUGGGACAGUGACAGACCUCCUGUCCUUUGUCAACCUGCUCUCCAACAUGCAGGACGCAGCCCUGCAGCACCUUCCUCAGGAGAUGGGAGUGCUGCUGAAUAAUAAGGGCAUGGCUGUUAAAAAAAAAGGUCGCUACCAGAUCAACGUGGACGUGCUCCUGUUUCCAUGGAAAUUGACCUACAAAAAUCCCGGCUCUGGCCUCGUGCCCAAGGGCUCAUUUGGGAAAGUCCACUUGGCUCAGGACAUUACCACCAGGAAGAGAAUGGCUUGCAAACUGAUCCCCAUGGAGAACUUUAAAGCAGCCGACGUGGAGUUCCAGGCCCGGUUCCGACAUGAGAAUAUCGCUGAGCUCUACGGUGCUGUGCUCUGCGACCAGAACGUCCACCUGUUCAUGGAGGCCGGAGAGGGCGGCUCGGUCCUGGAGAAGGUGGACAGCUGCGGGCCCAUGAGGGAGUUCGAGAUCAUCUGGGUGACAAAGCAAGUCCUGCGGGGCCUGGAGUACCUGCACUCUCAUAAUGUCAUCCACCACGACAUCAAACCCAGUAACAUUGUCCUGAUGUCGGACAAGGCAGUGCUGGUGGACUUCGGCCUGACGGUGCAGAUGACAGAGGAUAUUUACAUUCCUAGAGACCUUCGAGGAACAGAGAUGUAUAUGAGUCCAGAGCUGGUUCUGUGUCGAGGACACAACACCAAGACAGACAUCUACAGCCUGGGUACCACAAUCAUUCACAUGCAGACUGGAAGCCCUCCCUGGGUCCGCAGAUACCCACGCACUGCCUACCCAUCAUACCUCUACAUUAUACACAAGAAGGCACCCCCUUUGGAAGACAUAGCUGAGGACUGCAGCCCAGUCAUGCGAUCCUUCCUGGAGCGAGCCAUGGAGAGGAACCCGGCUCUGCGGAGCUCAGCAUCCGAGCUGCUGAAGGACGAGGCCAUCAACCCUCCUAGGGAGGAUCAGCCGCGUUGCUGGAGCCUUGACUCAGCGCUGGAGGAGGCCACCCAUACCAUACUACGACAACAGAGCCAGCACCACGACACAACACAGGAAUCGUCUCUGUACUCGGAGGACUCUGGCCACAUGAGAAGAAAGGGCUCCUUGUACAUCGACCUGGGGGCUUUGUCAGGUUACUGUAAACUGGUGGCAGGACCUCCCACCUCAGAAUAUGGCUAACACCUGACCACAGCUCAUCAUGUUUGUGGCUGUCAACUGUCAUUGAAGCCAAGUGAAAGCUGACUUUUAGCCUUCUUUGAUAGUCUGACGUAAUCAUCACUGUUAAAGUCUGACGCAGAGUUCAGAGAGGAGGGCAGCUGCAGGCGACAUUGCUCAUUGACAAACUGAAAAUGUUUGCAAGAGUUGGGACGACUUGUAACAAAUGGAACCAGCUCAGCCGGAAAUGGACAACGCUGCAGGACAGUGGUCGGAUGAGAUGCAUUGUGAAUAAAUGAGCAUUAACUAUUGGUAUGACUUCCCAGACUUCCUUGCGGGAUGUCUGUCUGUGCUUUAGUUCAGUGAGGUAAUUAACACAGGAAUAAAUUAAAUGUCUGCUGUUUUUCUUCAUGAAGCUACGUCUGAUAAUCUUCAAAAUAAGUUAUUCUAUCACAAAAAAAUGUAAGCUAUCUGUUAAAAGAAUGUGUGCGCUAUGCAAACAUGUAUGAUGUGUAGUUCUGUGCGGACUUCCUCUUGUUUAUUCCUGUGGAAUAUUAAUAUCAUCAUCGUGCUAUGUAAAUUAAGCUUCUGUGGAACGCAUGUGCUAUCUGAUUGUGUUUCUGAGAGUUUGAAAAUGUGUCACACAUUAAGCAAUAAAAGAGCGAUAAAAUAAAAAUCCCACAUUGUGGCAUUUCUCUACUGCAAAGUAGUUUGCAAUUUAAAUUUAGAUUAUUCAUUUUAGAUUUGUCCCUUCACAACUUGGGGAGAUUGGUAUGAAAUUAAAACAUUCAGUGCACAAGUAUGAUUCACUUUCAGUGUGUUAGUUACCUCUACUUUCAUUUUCUAUCAUACGCCCCGACUCUUAGACUGUUAGGCGUCCGUAUAAGGAAGCUGACAGAGCGUACGUACUACAUGUGACACUCCGAACUCACAAGUGUGAGUGAUGAUACUUGGAUUGUCAGUUUCCACUGUUUGAACUACAACAAAGACAUUCAUAUCAGUAAACAUAAAAAUCAGUAAACUAGUCUCUCUAACAAGAGGCUUUCCCUUUAAUCCUUUCCAGCUGGAAAUCCAUCUUAUGUGCACAGACUUGAUAUGACUUACAAGAUCACUGAUGAGUGAAAUGGAUUUUGUUAGUUAGGGAACAUGUUUUCUUGGUAAGGUACGAGUGGGUGGGGGACACUGAAGUUCCCCCUCUCCCUCCUCUCUCUGGCUCUCUGUCUCUCUCGGUAGAAGUAAAUAAAGA